GAGUUUUAUCAAUGCUGAUUGUAUGAAACCUUGUCAUGUGACUACGAGACUGUUGUACAUAUAAAUCUACUUUGUUAGGUAAUUGAAAUAUGAAAAUGGCUGGACAGGGUUUAUCUGUUUAUGUAGGUUUUCUACUUUUGAUCGGAGUUUCUUGUAUAGGGAAAAGACUUGGAGGGUGGGAAGAUGUGGAUGUUGAGGAUGAACAUGUUAAGAAUGCUGCAGGUUUCGCUGUGAAAGAAAUGAGUACACGAUCUAAUGGGCUUUACCAUCAGAAGUUAGUAGAAAUUCAAGAAGCUCGAAGACAGGUGGUGUCAGGUUGGAAAUUCAAAUUGAUGUUAGAAGUUGGUACUACAUCAUGCAAGAAAAAUGAGGUGACGUUUGAAGAUGUGGAACAGUGUGAAAUAGAUGAAAAUAGACUGUAACAACUUUGCAGAGUGGUUGUCUGGGUUCAGCCAUGGACUUCAA